AUGAUGGCGGUGGAGCUGAAGGUGAAUGACCGUGUCUGUGUUAUAGGCUCAACAGGUGGUUGCGGGCAACUUAUCACGGCUCGAUUGGUCGACGAGGGGAGGUAUCAAGUGAAGGCAGUUGGACGCAGUGAGGCGAAGCUACGCGAGGUCUUGGGAGGCGAGAGCCCCAAACUUGAAUUUGCCGAAGCGGACUCCCGUGAUAUCGACUCCUUGUAUGGCCCCUUAAGCGACGUAGACUGUGUCAUCAUUGCCACGGGCACCAGUGCUUUCCCUUCUCCCCGAUGGCGGGGGGGCAAUACCCCAGACGCAGUUGACCGCAAAGGCGUUCAGAACAUACUAAAAGCUAUCACGAGCAAACCUCGAAAGCGGACCGUGAAAAAAGUGGUCUUUUUGAGCUCGGUGGGAGUGCUUCGCACCAAGCAGCUGCCCUAUUCGAUACUGAACGCAUUUGGCGUGCUGGACGCAAAACGGGACAGCGAGGACCUGCUCAGGCAGAUGGCAGCCACCGAGGGCUUCGACAUCUUGAUC